AUGAACAAAGACCUAAUUACCAAGACCAUUCCUUUUCUUACCAAGAAAUCAGCUCUAGCGUUUUAUUACAUAACUGGAGACACAAAGUAUCUCGUUCAUGUUGUUAGUAGAUACAGAUCCAGAAUGAACAUAAUUUCCAUAGAAAAGGCUGCAGUGCUGCUUCAGAAGAUAAUUGAGAUGGGAAGAAAUGACUUGGUAAUUGAAUGUCUAUCCCAUGUCUCUUCAGGAAGAAUGAACAGAAUCCUGUUUAAGCUGGCAAGGAGCAUAGAACCUGAAAAAACACAGAGCGUGAUUUCAGAGCUAAAAAGGAGCCAUCCUUAUUUAUCGCGCGAUUCAAGCACCAGAUGCGGGGUAGUUGUAAGCUACCUUCAGAAUGUUGCAAAAAGUGCAAAGCUAUAUGCGCACCAUUGUAAAUAA